GCGCCCAGCGCUCCCCGCCCGCCGGGCCGGGGCGGAAGCGGCGACCGGCCAUGGGGCGGCCGGGGGGCCGGGGGUGGCUGCUGCUCCUCGGCCUCCUGCAGCUGCUGGGAGGCCCCGCCGCCGCUCCGUGCCCCUGCCCGGACCCGCGGCUCUGCCUCCCCGUCACGGGCACCGGCGGCUUCGAGGUCUUUGUGUUCGAUGUGGGAAAGGAAACCUGGAAAUUCUACGACUGGUCAAAAAUUACAACUGUGGCAGCCUUUGGGAAGUACGAUCCUGAGCUCAUGUGCCAUGCUCACUCUAAAGGCUCCAGGAUAGUACUGAAAGGUGAUGUACCUCUUAAGGACAUUGUUGAUCCUGCCAGAAGAGCGGCGUGGAUAUCCCAACAGGUGGACCUUGCCAAAAACCAGUAUAUGGAUGGAAUUAACCUAGACAUAGAGCAGGAAGUUAAUGAAACCUCCCCUGAGUAUUAUGCAUUAACAGACCUUGUUAAAGAAACUACAGAUGCUUUUCACAGAGAAAUACCAGGAUCACAGGUAACAUUUGAUGUGGCUUGGUCUCCAGCAUGCGUAGACAAAAGGUGCUACAACUACACUGGGAUUGCAGAUGCCUGUGAUUUCUUAUUUGUGAUGUCAUAUGAUGAACAGAGCCAGAUCUGGACAGACUGUGUUGCAAAAGCCAAUGCUCCUUACCUGCAGACUUUAGUUGGAUAUGAAGAGUACAUUACUAUGGGCAUUGAUCCUAAGAAGCUUGUGAUGGGCGUCCCUUGGUAUGGCUACGACUAUGUCUGCCAAAACCUAUCUAAGGAUCAUGUUUGUUCACUUCCCAAAGUACCUUUCCGUGGGGCUCCUUGCAGUGACGCUGCAGGGCGUCAGGUCCCCUACGGAGCCAUAAUGAAGCAGGUGAACAGUUCUCUUUCAGGGGUGCUGUGGGAUGAGGUACAGAAAUCUCCGUUUUAUGAAUACAAGGAUUCUCUUGGUCAUUUCCACCAAGUAUGGUAUGAUGACCCUCGCAGCAUCUCUCUAAAAGCAGCAUAUGUGAAGAGUCGAGGUUUAAGGGGCAUUGGCAUGUGGAACGGAAACAGUCUUGACUAUUCCAGGGAAGCUGCAGUGGAACAACAAACUGAAGCCAUGUGGCAAGCCUUGACACCGUAAGAACUAUAUGAACCCUUGAUUUAAAACGAUGAAAAACAUUUUUUAUUAUGGCAUAUACUAUCAUAGAUUUUGACUUUUAUCUAAAUAAACCAUGAUUAGAAAAACUUUGAGAACUAGCCAAAUCCAUCUCGUCAUUCUGUAUGCAAAGCCAUAUUUUCAUUCUUCAAAAAGCUCCAAUGUUGCUUUAGCAGCGGGUUUGUUUUUUUUUAAGACUGCUCAUCUUUUUCAUUUUUCACAGCUACCGUAAGUUGUUACAGCUUGAACCCAGUGAGCAUCUGGUAACAAGUAAGACCAAGUGGCUUUAGAGGAGCAAUCUAACACUGGUCCUGUGCAAAGCUGCCUGGUGCAGCAGGGAUUCGUUCUGGGGUGGCAUGGUGCAGCCUCAGCUUUCUGAGAGACAGAUUGUGGUUGACAAGCAACAUGGUGGAACUUGUGCUUGUACUUGGCUACUCUUCUAGAGAUUAAAAUAUUUCAUAGACUGAAGAAAUUAUGUAACAUGAAGUAGUUGCCAUUAGAUUUUUAUCAGACUUCUUGUUAGAAAGGAACAUUCAAUAAACUCCAGCUUCACUGUGUUUAUGUAUCAUGUAAAUUCCUUAGUUUCAAAAGCCAAAAAAUCUUGCAUCUUAUCUAUCUUGGAGAGGGAACAUUUACAUGGAGAGGACUUGGGUGAUGUUUUCAAACUUCUUUACUUCCUGAAAACUAGAACUCAGAAACUUAUUUAAUGAACUGCAUAUGUAUUUUUCCAUGCAGUUUAAGAUUCAUUCAGUAGCCUGUUGUUUGUUUUUAUGUGGUGUUGCCUCUGAGAUAAUCUGAAGUUACAUUUUCUGUCUAGUUCAUAUGUUUCAUAAAAUAAUUUGCCUACAGAAACUGUGUAACUUUUUAGAAUAGCUGUAGUCAUGGAAAGAUUGGACUGGUGUUUACAGGAAUUUUUUUUUGCUAAAUAAAAUGCUGCCUUCACUAAGGUUGGUAAA